GUGCUAAUGCUUGGUGUUAGAACCCUUGGAUUUGCGCGUGUGCAAAUUCGUUCUGCGACAUCUUUUCAGAAGACUCCCACGAGUGCUGGCAAGGUCCCUCCAACACUUGAAGAAUUCGACCCAUUGAACCCUGGCGAAUGGCAACUUGGAGUUGGCGGUAAAAUUCUUCCGCGCCUUCCGGAAGGAACAAGAGUGGGCAACCUUGUCAUGGGGAAAUAUGGCUUGUAUGAUCCCGUGCUGAGGAAGAGGGUCGACACAUUCUCGAAGGCGCUACUCGAGGGAAAGAAGUCUGAAGAGGCGGGUCCUUUCGAUCGUGCAGCAACUAAAAUAAUGAAAGUGCUAGCAACCAUAUGCUUCAUUAUGGGCAUCUACAACCUGGUCACAAUUACUUAUGGGAAAUUGCUCCCUCCGUAUUCGUACCUUAAACCUCAGAAAUCUUAG